AUGAGUUGGAAGGGUUUACAAAAAGCAGUGAAUAGAUUACCUUAUCAAAUAUUGUCAAAAAAGAGUGAAGCAACAAAGGAUCCUGAGUUCAUUAUACUCGAGAAACAAUUUAAUGAAUUUGCUAAAGUGGUUGAAGUAUUCUCUAAAGAUGCUCGUAUCUUUCGAGAUAAUAUUGCAGCCUUGUUGACACAUCAAACUGCAAUGGCACAAUACUUGAGUACGAUUUUUGAUAACAAUCUGGGAAUUGAAGUGCCUCAAGGUAUGGUUCAAAAGAGGUUUCAACAAACACCUGCACAGCAAUUACAAGCUGUCAAUGAUGCAGAAGCAGCUAUGGCCUAUUGUCGAGAUGAAGUAUUACCCGAAUUGGACGUAUUAGAUCGAGAUAUAGUGAGACCAAUCAUGGAACUGAAUGAGAUUAUCAAAAUGAUUCAAAAGACAAUUACAAAACGCAACCACAAAUUGAUUGAUUAUGAUCGACAUCGAUUGUCUUUACAAAAACUAAACACCAAAACAGAAAGAAGCUUUAGUGAAGAAAAGCAGAUAUUCAAGAUUCAAUCACAGCUUGAUGUAGCCACACAAGAUUAUAAUUAUCUAAACGACCUGUUGAAACGAGAAUUACCCCGAUUCUUUCAACUCAAGGUCUCGCUGAUUCAACCGGUAUUUGAAAACUUGUACAACAUGCAGGCCCGUAUCUAUGGCAUGAUUUAUGCUCGUUGCUAUGAGUUACUUAACCAGAAUCUGGAGGCAUUCUCAACGCACAUGAUGGGCAUCCAAGAUGGGUUCAGCCGACGAGCCCAGAUCAGGGACGCACGUGCGGAGAUGGAAAAUUUGGACUUGCUUAAAUCAGGCGGCAAGGCUUGGUUAGCGGCAUCAGGCGGUGUUAAUAAUUCGAAACUGUCCUUGCAGGAACGUGCAGCACUCCGCAAACAAGAGGAGGCCGGUAGUCCAUACAUGGCACAACAGUCACCGCCACCAGCUUACACAGAGGCAUCCUCGUUCAGAGUGGAGCAACCAGAAAAGAAACGAUUCGUCGUUGCCUUGUAUGAUUACACUGCACAGGCGGAAGGUGAUCUCAGUUUUAAAAAAGAUGAUCGUAUUGAACUAGUACAACGUACUGCGGACACGAAUGAUUGGUGGACGGGUCGCUUGAACGGCAUCACGGGAGUCUUUCCAGGAAAUUAUGUAGCAGAACUAUAG